UUAUUUUCAUUUUUAUUUAUUUAUUUAUUUAUUUAUUUAUUUUCCGCCAUUAAAGCUUCAAUCCAAGCUUUUCCUUUCUCUCUCUCUCUCUCUCGUCGUCAUCUUCCACUCUUUCUUCGCUCUCGAUGGAGCCUUGCUGAGAAGAAGAGUCUUUGGUUCGUUCGAUCGAUCUUCGUCAAGGAGAGAGAGAGAGAGAGAGAGAGAGAAAAAGAAGAGUCUUUGGUUCGUUUGAUCGAUCUUCGUCAAGGAGAGAGAGAGAGAGAAACCCUAGUUGGAGGGACGGAUCUCAGGUAGUGAAAGGAUGAGGUCUGGGGUUCGGCUUGACUCUGCUGUGUUCCAGCUCACUCCCACCCGAACCAGGUGUGAUCUGGUUAUCAUUGCCAAUGGGAAGACGGAGAAGCUUGUGUCGGGCUUGUUAGACCCAUUCCUUGCCCAUUUGAAGGUUGCUCAAGAUCAAAUUGCAAAGGGGGGAUAUUCCAUUACACUUGAACCUGCCUCUAAUAAGGACGCAGAAUGGUUUACAAAGGGCACCAUUGAAAGGUUUGUUCGUUUUGUGAGUACACCUGAAGUUUUGGAAAGAGUGAAUACCAUAGAGUCAGAAAUCUUGCAGAUUGAUGAAGCAAUUGCUGUUCAGGGGAAUGACAGUAUUGGCUUUGCCACUAUGGAAGAUUAUCAAACAAAACCUACAGAAUCCAUUGAAGGUGGCAGGUUCAACUAUGGUGCUGAUGCCGAGAAGGCCAUUGUUCUGUAUAAGCCUGGCUCACAUCCACCAGAUUCAAAUGGAUCCACUGCUCAGGAGGAGAAAUCAAAAGUUCAUCUCAUGAGAGCACUUGAAACCCGCAAAUCAGUCCUGCAGAAAGAACAAGGCAUGGCUUUUGCGCGUGCUGUAGCUGCUGGUUUUGACAUGGAUCACAUGUCACAGUUGAUAUCAUUUGCUGAGUGCUUUGGGGCUUCACGCUUGUUGGAAGCAUGCGUAAGAUUCAUGGAUCUAUGGAAAGUAAAACAUGAAAGUGGGCAAUGGGUCGAAAUUGAGGCUACUGAGACAAGGCCGGAAUUUUCUUCUUUGCAUGCCUCAGGCAUUAUAUUUCCUGGGGAUAUUGGCAAGCAGAAAGAACUUGGGAUGGUAAGGCCUGUAUCUUUAGGUACAGAAAGCAAUCAGAAGGACGGUGCCAAUGCUGUUGACAUCAAUGCAGGCCAAAAUAAAGAUCCUCAAUUACCGCCAGGGCCUCAUGAUUAUUAUUACCAAGGCCAAUUUCAGCAACCAAUGUUUCCGCAAUGGCCUAUGCCUUCUGCUUCAGGUGCACCUGUCUUUCAACCAUAUCCUGUACAAGCUAUGCCUUAUUAUCAGAAUUAUCCUGCUGGCACACCAUUGUUCCAGACCCCUUAUCCUCCGAUGGAGGACCCCAGGUUCACUCAGUCACAAAAAAGGGGAUUGAGAAGGCAUUCUAUGGAUAGUAAAUAUAGUCAUACUGACACAGAGACCUGGGAAAUGGGUGGCUCUGGGGGGAGAUCAAAGGAUGCUGCUGAAAGAAACAUAUCUGAGGAUGAGGAAGAUGUGCAUCAAGGUCGAAAAUCACACAAAAAGUUGGGUCAUUCAAGGAAGAAACAAUCAGGCACUCGAAGCAGUAAUUCCUUUACAUCAAAGGGGCAUGGUUCUUCUGGCAGUGAAUCACUGUCUUCUUCUGACUCUGAAGCCAAAGAUGAUGUUGAGCAUUUCCAUCGUGAAGAUCCAAAAAGAAAGCAUAAUGACUCCUCAAGUUCAAUAAAGAGAAAAAACAGCAUAACAAAGUCCAUAGAUAUUUCAGAUAUAAAUGGGAAGGAUGAAGUUGCUAGUGGACAAGAGGCAGACGCUGGCAAUUGGCAAGUAUUCCAGAGUUUCCUAAUGAAAUGUGAAGAGGAAAAUGCAAGAAAUGUUGAUAGAGGCAUGUUUUCUGGUGAGAAGGAGCCUCUGGUAAAUGGAAGGAAGAACCGAGUUAAUGGUGAUCCUGUAGUUUCCUCUGAACGAGGUGGUGGUGGGGUUGAGGAUUUGAAGGUGGUUGAGUUUGACUCGGCUAAUGGGAGAACAAUCCGGAGGAAACAAGUUUUAUCCAAAGAUGAGCUGUUCUCAAGUAAUGAAGCAAGCUUUAAAGACAGUCAUUUUGAUUCACAAUUUCAGGAAAUUGAAGAUGGAGGUAGAGGAUAUAGGCGAACAGAUAGUGAUGAAUUUAUGGUCUAUGGAAGACAGAAACAGUUGGGCAAUAAGAACUUUCCAGACCCGCUCGAAAGCGAACAUGGGAAUGUUAUCCAUUUGGAAAAGCACUCAAGUAACACAAAGGAUGAGUCGUUCAUUGUCCCUUCAAGAUUAGAUACCCAGGUGGAAUUUCUUGCCAAUGGCAGAACUGCUCUUGAUAUGGAUGCUGAGUUGCCCUCAUCUCUGCAGAGAAGUGUGAAGUCAUCCAAUAAUAUGAAAAACAAGCGCAACUAUGAACCACAUGAUUUGAGAUUAAUGCCAAGGCGUAAUGAGCGAGAGUCUGUUGGUUAUGAUCGAGCUGCAGAUUAUGAUGUGGAAAUCAAUGCUCAAGAUGCUGUCAAGUUAAAAACAAGGAACCAAGGAAAUGGCCCAUUAAGCACCAAAAAAGAGACAAAAGGCAUGGGGAAGGAAAAAAAGACAAGAUCUGGACAGGAUGGUAAUGAGAAAAGGAGAACAGAUUUGAUGGUGAGAAAAGGAAAACCCACAAAGCCAAAUCCACUGGCUGAUGCUCGGGCUCGUGCAGAGAAGCUACGACUGUUCAAACUUGAUCUUCAAAAAGCCAAAAAAGAGAAGGAAGAUGAAGCGCUCAAAAGAUUAGAAGCUUUAAAACAAGAACGGCAAAAGAGAAUUGCAGCUAGAAGUGGUUCAAGCAGCACUAAGCCAAUAUUGACACCACAGCAAACAAGAGCACAAUUGCCAGCAAAAACUUCUCCUAUUUCUUCUCUCAAAGGGUCAAAGUUUAGUGACGCAGAGCCUACUUCAACAUCUCCUCUAACAAAGGUGACUCGUAGAGCCACCACUCUUGGAUCUGCAGGUCUUUUUAAAACCACCAAAGUUGAUAGACUAAAUCAAGGUACCCACUCAGCUAUCAAAGAAUUGAGAAGAUCAGCAUCAUCAUUGCCUGAUCUGUCUAAAGAGAGUAAAAUGCUUGCUCCAGAAGAAAAGGACAAGGCAGCUUCUAUUCGAACUAGAAGAUUAUCUGAUCCUGAAGGCAUGAAUGUUAGCCAUGCAUCUUCCCUGAAAUCAGCUAGAAUUGAUAAAUUAUCCAAACAAAUUGUUUCUGGUGAGCACCAAAAGAAGAUUUCUGCAAUUAUGCACCAAAACAAAACAAGGUCCGCUAGUUUACCAGAGCCAAAGGUCAAACCACUAACAAGCCCUUCUGAUACUAUUCAGAACAAAGCGUCUAAAGGAACUGGAAGUAAGAAUUCUUUAUCGUCUGAAAGCCACCGAAUGAAAAGAACUAGUGAAAAAUUUUCCAGAAUGAGCAAUGGUGAUGAAAGUGUAGUUGUUGACAAAACUAUUGUGAUGCUUGAAAAUGAGACAAUUUCUGCUUCUGCCAUCAUGCGAUCAGAGGAUGUGGUAAGCACGAGAGAUGGAUCAUUUCGAGAAGACGUAAAGGGGAAGGCUGAGUUAGUCCCAGAUUAUGUGGCUAUCCGUGCUCCACCUUCACCUCUCCUUGAGGGAGAAGCAGAAGAUGCAACUAAACAUGAGGUGAUUGUUGAUUAUGCAAAGGAUGAGACUCAGAAAUUGUUGAACCAAAACAUGACCAAGCAAACAUAUCAAGCCCCUUUUGCCAGAGCAACAUCACUGGAAGGUCCAGCGACCAACAAUUUAGAAUGCAAGGGAACAGUAUCUCCAGUUGAACAUGAGACAAGUUUGAUGGGCUCAGGAAGUACCAAGGCACGUGUACCUGACUGGCCGACAUCCGCUUCAGCAGAGCAGAUCCAGGAUGCAUUAGAGAAGCCUCGCAGCAGGGAGUCCUCAAAGGGUUUCAGAAAGCUGUUCAAAUUUGGAAAGAAGAACCAUAGUUCAGCUCCUGGUGACCACAACUCGGAUUCAGGAAGCUGUUCAAGUUUGGAUGAUAGCACCAUGCCUGCUGCUUCAACUGAAGUUCAUUCACUGAAGAAUCUCAUUUCUCAAGAAGAAACACAGAAUGGAGUUAGUCCACAUAAAGUUUCUCGGCCAUUUUCUAUCCUUUCUCCAUUCCGAACAAAGACACAAGAGAAGAAGGUUGUGGCUUGAUGCAAAGAGGAUCAUAAAUGAUGAGAGUUGAAAGAGCUGAUAUUAGUUUCCAUUUUGUCCCCUUGAUGUUUUAUGUUUAAGAUUUAAUUUUUCAAUGUUUCAGCUACUGUAAAUCUGUUGUGGUUUAGAGCUACUGGUCAUGUCUUGUAAACAACUUUGUACCAUAUCACCUUGCUAUCAUCUUUCACACUUAAUUUCC